AGAACGUGCAGAUUGUUGGUCCUCUGACCACCUGGGUCAGUCUUACCCGAUGUUAUCAUCAGUGCCCCAUGAUCAUCACCCCUCCUCACCACUAAAGGAAAGACAACUUCUCACGAUAUCUUGAAUUUCAUCACAGAUUCUUCAUGGAAUCGAAAAUAUCAGGUUAUUUGCGUGCUACGUGAUGGAAAUAGACUCUAGUGCUUCAUGGGAUGAAAGCUUUUGUGCCUUCGCGUGAAUAGCGUUCAAGAAUGUCAUUUGUGAAGCUGUCCAUGCCGGCACCCCGGAUCGUACCUUUCUGGUCAUUGAUUACCAGCCCCACAAUCCCUUCUCUUUGGUAAACACGUUGUCUUCUUGCAGAACGAGGGGACAACGAAAGAAUAAUGAGGAAGAUGGACACGGAUGAAUCAUUAUAGUUGAUAAAAAGGAAGCGGAGACUAAGAGCGAAGAGAAGGAGGUUCGUGGUUGAGCUUUUUCUUCGUUUUCCCUUUCUAGGUGUCGAAAAUGGAAGCAGAAAGAGUACCAUUGAUCAAUGGGAGUGAGUUUCAUAGCAAGCGACCGAACAGUCGGAGGUAUUCUUUGAAUUCUAUGAGGGAAGAGUUUAUCAGAGGAUUGCCGGAGAAGGUGAAGCGCAGUCUUGAUCCAGAGCGCCCGUCUCAUAUUGAUUUAUCGAGGACCAAGGGUCUGAUAGAAGGUGAGAAAGAGUAUUAUCGACAACAGUUUGCUACCUUAAGGUCAUUUGAGGAAGUUGACUCAUUACCUAUGAACGACAAUGAUAGCACCGAUGAGCUUCGAGACAGACAAGAAGAAUUUGCGAUCAGGAUCUCAAACAUUGCUAACGUUGUGUUGCUGGCAAUGAAGAUUUACGCUACUAUAAGGAGCAAAUCUUUGGCCAUUGCUGCUUCAACGUUGGACUCCUUACUAGAUUUGAUGGCAGGUGGAAUUCUCUACUUCACACAUAUGUCAAUGAAUAACAUAAACAUCUAUCAGUACCCAAUUGGCAAACUGCGUGUUCAACCAGUUGGAAUUAUCAUUUUUGCUGCCAUCAUGGCUACUCUGGGCUUUCAGGUGCUAAUUCAAGCUGUAGAAGAAUUGCUCAAGGAUGAAUCUCCAUCCAAAAUGACUUCAUCACAAUUGGUGUGGUUGUACUCGAUAAUGCUGAUUGCUGCUGUUGUGAAACUUGCUCUUUGGUUUUAUUGCAGACGCUCAGGAAGUGACAUAGUCCGAGCUUAUGCAAAGGAUCAUUACUUUGACGUCAUCACAAACAUAAUAGGCCUUGCUGCAGCUGUUCUUGGGGACAAAUUCUAUUGGUGGAUAGAUCCUCUUGGGGCCAUUCUUCUUGCAGUUUAUACCAUAUCUAAUUGGUCUAAGACUGUCCUCGAAAAUGCAGCUUCAUUAGUAGGACAGUCUGCCCCACCUGAGAUGUUGCAGAAGCUGACAUAUCUUGUCAUAAAGCAUCAUCCUCAAAUCAAGCGAGUGGACACUGUUCGAGCAUAUACAUUUGGUGUUCUUUAUUUUGUAGAGGUUGACAUUGAACUUCCAGAAGAUCUGCCCCUAAAAGAAGCACAUGCCAUUGGUGAAUCUUUACAAAUGAAGAUUGAGAAUCUUCCUGAGGUAGAGCGUGCAUUUGUUCACCUUGAUUUUGAAUGUGAUCACAAGCCAGAGCAUUCUAUAGUCAGUAAAUUGCCUAGCAAUCAGUCUUGAAGUUGGACAAGGUUCUUUUCCCAACUAUACAGUGCCAAGAUAUCCUUUGUAGCAAUCAAUCUAUAGCAACCAUUAUCUGUUGCAUUUUUGCUUUUCAAGUGGCAUAUGAUGUGUUGGAUGAUCACUCUGGUUUUCUCUUGGGCUUGGGCAAACCCAAACUUGAUUUUUGUGGAUGGAGCUCGGGACUGAUUAUGGCAGGGCAGACGUUCCUGUCUAAUAUUAUUAUCAGCCCCGAAAA